AUGGCGGCCCCUACGGGCUUGUGCUGGCUCUUUCAACCUUCUUACGGUUUUAAUCUGACGGAUCCUUAUUGUCGAAUUUUGGAAAAUCAGUAUAAUAGUCUCCAUGAUCCACAUUUAAGAGCAUACCAUCAACGCAAGGAUAUCCUGGGAAGGUUAAAGAAAGGUGGAUACAUCACCAACAAUAAUGAAGUUGUAUGUUCCUUGAAAGAGUUUAAUAAAUAUAGAGAAUAUUUGAGAAGCUUAAAAUUAGAUUUUGAAAAAAACUGUAUAAAAGAACAGAAUCAAGCCCUUCCAGAGAAAGAAAUGGCUUCUCAUUUACCAAAAAUACAAGAAAAUGUAUUUAAAAGAAAAGAGAUUAAAAAAAAUACAUUUGUUUACAGAGGACAAGAUGGAACACAUUCUUCCCGGAAGAAGGAAAAGAAGACUUUUGAUGAUGUAAAGGUAGCUUCUGCUGUUGGUGACCAGAGAGCAAAUAAAGGAGUAAAUGAAAGUUUCGAGCAAGCUGCCAAUUUCUACAACAUAACAACCCAAACAACAGGACCUACAUCAAAUGCUAUACAUCCAUCUCUAAGUAGUUCAAAGAAUGUUGUCAAAACAUCAGUAACUUCAGUGGUUUAUCAACCAGACGAAAGUAAUGGCACUGAACAAAAGAAAGAUGGAGUGAUAACUAAAAAUCCAAGUACUUUUGGUAAUAAAGGUGAUGGGUCUUCUACCUUCUUUUCAUUUCUAAAUCCACAUAACAUCACCCAGAGGAUUCAAUGCCUAACAGAGAAAAUUUCUACACCAGUAAACAGAUGCUUAAAAUGGAACCAACUUGCUUCACCAACACAAUCAUAUAAACUUACUUCUCUAAACUCAGACCAGAAAAAUUUAGUGAACACACUGGCAAUAGAUAGACGUGCAAUGAAUAGAAAGAAAGGUUUCAAAGGUGAGGAGACAUCAAUGAAAAAAGGCAACAUCCAAUAUCCCAUAGUUACCACUAUAACUGGAAUCAUGAAAAAUAAUGUGGUUAACCUGUUAUCAGAGUCAGCUGCAGGUGUGGCAGAUAAAAAGGAGAAGGAAAAUAAAAUGAGAAUUUCAAUUAGAAAAUACAAUGAGAAUAUAUCAAAAGUUACUUCCACUACUAGUACGAAAAGUAAAGCUACAAAGGACCCAGACUUAAGACUAACACAUAAAAAUAAUGACACUGAGAAGGAAAGUACAUCAGCUCCAGAAUCUGAGGAAAGGCAAGGUAAUGAGGCACACACACAAUUUUCAGCAGCUACUAAUGAUAUAGAACAUGAGAAGGAAAUACCUGGAGCAGAUUUUGAAACAGACAGUGAAAAGAUUAACAGAGUAAGAGAAAAUUCAUUAAAAAAAGAAGACGAGCCCUUUCAUUUAUCUUCUUUGGCAUCUAAAGUGAGAAAUACAGAGACCAUAACACAGAAAAUUUUGAAAGCAGCUACCCCAAAAUCAAAUGGAAUGGAAAGACAAGCCUCUCCAUCUCAAAUCGCUGUAAAUGAGGAACAGUAUUCAGAUUAUGAUCAUGUUCAAAAUAUCAUUGAAAAUACUUAUGAUGCUGUCUUAGAAAUAUAUCAUUCUCAGGGAUCCACAGAUGAUUCACAUGUCCAAAGUCCCCCAAGUGAUAGGUCACUGCAGGUAAUUCAGGAGGUUGGCAAGGAUACUGCACAGUCUGUUUCAACAAAGGAUUUAUCCCUCUCAAUUAGCAAAAAUCUCCCUGCCAUAGAGAAAGAGGGAGAGAAAGAGAGAGAAAAAGAGAAAGUGAAAGUAAAGGAGAUUAAAAUUGAACCUAGUAAAACAGAUAGUCAUCAGUACCAACCAAAACAUAAAGCUGGAAUUUUUCCUGCUACAUUUUUAGAAGAUAUUAUCACUGAAAUGAUAAACAAAUUGAUCUUUUCCUCGUCACCAGAAACACAAAUGUGUGAAAGAUGUGAAAAUGUAAGUGAGGAUGAAAAUCAAACGGAACUGUAUGACACAGUUAUGAAACUUACUGAUUCACUGUUAAAGGAGUUUUCAGAUGCUCAAAUUAAGGUAUUUAGAAGAGACCCGGAAAAUCAGUUUCUUCCCCCAGUAGAAAACAUGUCAUUAUCAGUUCCUAAAGUACUUUCCGGGCAUAAAGAGUCAACUGCAGAAAAGGCAUCAUCUAGCAUUAAGAAAACUGUGGAUGAAAUUCCACAUAUGCACAAAAUGACUAAAAACUCCUCUUUAAACAAGAUACCUUUCCUAAAUAACAUACCAGCAAUUGAUCAAACAUUGGUCAACAAAGUUGUUCACUCCUCUGUAUGCAAUAUUUUGAAGGAAUAUAGGUCUCAAGACUCCAUUUGUAAGAGUAUAAAAACUAAUGGGGAAACCAUAGCAAGACAACUAACUAGUGCAGUGAUAAAUGAAAUUUUUCAACAGCAGCUUAAUUUUGGAUUUUGUGAUGAGAUUCCAGCUUCAGCAUGUUUGCCUCUCAAAUCUAAGGAUGUUGUUAAAAAGAUCCAAAACGUGGUUAAAAGAGCCAGCAAAGAAUAUCAAGCGUUGUCACCAUAUACCGUCAUGCUGCCUCAUGAAUUUUUAGAGAAUGUGAUUUCUGCUCUCUUAUCUAAAAUUUUCUCAAGUCUGUCUAACACCAAAGCAGAAACACCUGAGGGCAAACGGUUCACAGAACUGGAUUUUCUUCAAAUGAAGUUAUUAAGUACAGUUACAACAGAGAUCUCCAAAUAUGAUAUGAUUAUACAGAAUGUGGACUCCUUACAUCCCAACGAUGAUGAAAUUAUUCAAUUAGUGGUUCAUUCUAUUUAUAGUGAUCUUUUGUCACAGUAUGGGUCACGAGAGAUUAUACAAAAUUGUGUAUCCAGUGGAUGCAGAAUCCUUUUCAAAAGCAUAGUUGGCCUGAUUCUAAAAGAAGUGUCCGGCAAUCAGCUGCAGAACUAUUUUUCUGGAGAGCUAACUCCAUAUCAGUGUUCAGAAGUUAACUACAUUGUUGAAAAUAUUCUUAAAGAUGUUAUCACAACUGCUGACGCUCCCCAGCCUCAACCACGUGCUCAUAUACUGCCUUUUGAUGUAAUAGAAGAAACUGCUGUAAAAUUUUUAUCAAAGCUUUUAUCUAUGUUUCCAACAGUAGAUAAGGAAAGAACCAAAUCUGGAGAAACUGAAAUGCAAAAAAUGCGAAAGAUAACCUCAAAAAUAUUAAAUUCAAUACAAGAAUUUAUCUCUAAAAGUAACAUUAAACUUGUAUCACCAGCCAAGAAAUUGCCUACUGUACCUUCAGCUGACAAUGAAACUAUUGAAAAAAUAGUUAAUUCUGUUUAUACUAGUGUUUUAAAGCACUCUGGCUCACACAUCUCUAUAUUGAAAGAUUUAAUGGGUAAGAGCAAUGCCCUUUCUAAUAUAAUAGGUUUUUUAAUGGUGCAGGAAAUUUCCAAUUCUGAAUUUCAACCUAAAUUUGAGGAAGAAGUAUCAAAUUCAGAAUUAGUUUUGGAAGCUGUCAAAAUUAUGGAAAAAGUUGUCAAAACUGUUGAUAAGUUUAAGUCCCAGGAAAAGUCUUCAUCCAAAAAAGGUCCUAUGUUAGAUACUAUAACUUUAGAGGAAGCUUUGGCUUUGUUCUUGGCUAAAAUUGUAACAUUGCCCAGUGUCUCAAGCAAAGAUGCAAAAAACUUGUCAAAGCCUGAGUUAAAUAAAAUUGCAUCUCAACUGACAAAAUCUGUGGCAGCUGAAAUUUCCAAAAAUAAUAUUAAUCUUGUUUCUGCUGAUCCUGAAGAACACUUUUUAAAUCCAGAGAGCAUAGAAAUGAUUUCUCAGGUUAUUGAUUCUAUUUACAGUGAUAUACUGCAACAAUCUGGAACCCAUAAAGAUCUUUAUUAUAACAUAAAAGGUACAAACAGAGCCUUCAUUAAGGAAGUGGCUAGUUUAAUUAUUAAUGGAGUUUCAAAUCUUCAAUUAGAUACAGUUAAGUUAAAGAAUUCAAGUGCUGAUCUCUUUGGAGAUCAAGACAUUAAUAGAAUUGUUGAAAAGGCAUGGAAGUAUGCUGAUAAAAUGAUCCCUGACUUAGAAAAAGGAGAGUCAGAGCAAGAUUCAGUUGAAGAUGAGUUUCCAAUUAAAAUAGUCCCACAUAUUAGGAAGAAGCCAGUCAAAAUAGAUCCUGACAUUAUCUCAGAACACUUAGCAGUCAUUUCUGUAAAAACUCAAUCUCUUGAAAAACUUGAGACGGACUGUUUAAGAAAAACUGGACAUAACAUAGAAGAGCUAAGAAGUGCCUGGAGAAGUAUCUCUUCAUCAGACACAUCUAAUUUAGGAAAGAUAAAGAAAGGAAGACAUGCUUCAUUGACUAAGACAGGACAAUUGGAUGUAAGACCCCUAGAGAAAGAAGGGAGAAAUCUUACUGCUGAACGAAUAUGUUACUUAACAGAAAGAAUUAAGAGUAUAUCUUCAUGCAAGCAAGAAGAUUUGAAUUCAUAUGCCAGUGAGAUUGAAGAUUGUACCCCAGAUGCGAGUGCUAAAAUAUUUGAAGAAAUUCCCAAGUCCAGUAUUACCAAACAAGGAUCUAAAAUGCUGGUAAAGGUGUCUUCAGCUCUGUCAAAUGUGUCUUCACCUCUGUCAAAAGUGUCUUCACCUCUGUCAAAAGUGUGUCUUCGAAUUAAGACCAGGAUUUCCAAAUCUUCAACACCGGCAGGGCGACUGAUAGCAUUCAAUGAAGAGGAAGAAGAAGGUGUGAACUGUAAGACUCGUCCUAAGCCAGGCAGAUUUUUGGGCCCUUCCACCAGCACCCAAAUCAAAGUCAAGAACUCAGCUUCAGUUAAGGUGUCUCCAGCCAGUCCCCUCCAGGCCUGGUCCCGGAUAUCGGUGAGCCCAUCACCAGGUGGAAAGGCAGUUCAGUCCUCUGUGCAGUCAGAAGCCACCACCUUGGGGCACACUGGGGUGCCUGGGCAAUCGCAAGCUUCCCGUGGGACCAACGGUGCUGAAAAUGGGAUCACGCACCCACCUCCAACGAAGAUUCUGCUCUCCGACAAGAAGGCCAUCCUACCCCGAGUGAUAGAACUAAAGCGGACUCCCCUGCGUGCCACCGGGCCUUCCCCGCCCACCUGCACAGCAGUGAGGCCUGGGGGGUCCCCCAGAGUCACCCCGCGAAGGCCCGGCCGUGCCGGCUGAGAAUGGUCUGGGCAAGGCUGAUUGACGGAAACCAUGGACCUGCGGGGGCUUGUUUGCCCCCAGAGCCCAGCCUAAAUGGCACUGUUUUUGAUGAAAUGGAGGUGAAAUCUGAUGUUUCUAUUUAGGAUAAUGAUGGGGAAAAUGAAUUCUGUGGCGUAGCAAUGGAGGAGGGAGACUGGUGGUUGGGCCUGUGUUUACUUCUCAUUUUCCCGACUUGUAAGUGAUUAUUUGUCUACAGAGAAUUUGUAUUUGUGUCUUGGAGAUGCUGCAGGUUUGAUUCUAAACCAUAGCAAUAAAGUGAACAUUGCAAUAAAG